GGGCAAACGAGAACCGUGUUCACAGCACUCAAUACGACAACUUACGACCUAAACGAGUGCGGAAGGCCACUACGUGGUCGUGCUAGACUAGGCACGGAUUCGGAAAGGCCGCCCUACCAGAUGAAAAUGAUGGGUGGUGAAGAUGUGGCAUUCGGUGAGCACCCAUGGGCUGUACUCAUUCGCUACAAUAGUUUGUUUUUACGUCUUUUCACGUUUUAUGCAAAUUAA